AUGACCUUGGACAGUGCAAAUCAACUCUGGCAAAAGUUUCUCCGAUUAAACUUUUUCAAGAAAUCUGAUAGCACAGAGCAAACUCUUCGAAAAGAAUUAAUUGCAACUCGUGUCUAUACCUGCUCGUUCAUUACUUCUCUAAUCACAAUUACAAUAAUAACUGCCUUUAUAGUGCGAACAAUUGAAAGAACUGAAUCUCAACCAUCAGACACGCGAUUUACACAAUUAGCAAAACGAUAUCCAAGUACAAUCAAAUGUCCCUGUUCAAAAUACGCGAUUAGUUACCAAGCUUUUAUGAUAACUCAAGUUCAAUUUCAUCCUGUUUGUUCAAGUCGAUUUAUUGAACAAACAUGGUUUAAUAUGAUAUUCACAAAUGAAAAUAUCUCAGUGCAAUCGAUCGAUGAUUUUCGUGUUACACUGAGUUUCUUUUGGCAAACUAUUGGAGGACUAUGUAAUGCAAGUCGAGCAAGUUGGGAAAGUGCUGUUGCAAAUUUUCAAACAUCAAAUAUUCUUAGUCCGACAGCCAUUGCCGAAGAAACGCUUCGAGUUCAAGUACAAGCAGCAUUUCAAGAUCAAAUUGAUUUUUCUCAAACAACAAUCAUUCGAACUUUACUCGCUAUUCGUCGUAUGACAAGUGGAAAUCAGAUUGUGUCCGGUCUACAAACGAACUAUUACCUAAAAUUUUUCUCGAGCUCAGAUAUUCGAAUGACUCCUCGAACGUUUGGAAAUUGUUCCUGUACAAAUAUCGAAGGUUGUCCACGUCCAGCUAUCUUCAAUGAUAGUCAAGGUCAUUUGAUAACUAUACCUGGAAUGAUCAUGGACUGCUUGAUAAUCGAAGCUACACUCGCAUCAACACUCGAAUGUUAUUAUAAUCAAACAUGUAUUUCUCUUUUACAUCAAGCAUUGCCUAUACAUAUUCAACCACUAUCCAACAGUUCACUAAAACGUUUUUCUCCAAGAUCAAUGAUAGAAGACAUAUUCAACGAACUGAUGAUUGAAGAGAUACAAAGUGAUGUGAAAUUUAACUUAUACUAUUCUCAAUACGAUCAUUGGAAUCGUGUCGCACCGAAUCUCAACAUUUCAAAAAGUCAAGCAACACCACAGCGUCCAGUUCACGUUAUAUACAAUUAUAUUCAACACAUACCAAGACACAUUAGAGAAUUAGUCACUUCUCUGAAUGUAUUUGAAAGCGCGAGACCACAUACUGCAACAGAACUCUUUCGAGAACGACUGUUAACCAAAAUCUUUAUUCUUCUGGUUAUUAUCUCUUCACUUGGUGCUGGGCUUUAUAUAUUCCUUACUAAACAAAAUCAGUUAAUAACAGUAUCUAAUCCGUCUCUGUCUACCUAUGACCAGUUAUAUAAUGAUUAUUCAACAGCAUUACAAUGUCCCUGUUCACAAAUAUCUGUUCCAUAUAAAUCUUUCAUGAAUGUUACAUUUGUUCUACAUCAAGUCUGUUUCAGUGAUUUAGUCUCAUCGGAAUGGAUAUCGUAUGUGAGAUUAUUUGAUCCAACCAGUGCUAACUUCAUGUCAUAUCAACCUGAAGGUACCCUUGAUUUUCGAGUAAUGGGCAUUAGUUAUUUUCAAUUGUUAUCUACUUUUUGUUCAAUGGUUCAAACUAACAUUGCUGAUGCACAACAUGUUUUUACUACUACUCAGUUCAUCAAUGAUCGUGUUCUUUCUCGAUCAGAUUUUCAUCAAAAGACUCAAUCAAUACUGGAUUCAUUUAUCAAAGCAGCUCGUGACAAUUUUGUACGAACAAUUGAUUGGAUCGAUAUUGCAUUUACUGCUGGUCACUUUUUUAACGGAGCAAAUAUUAUCUUCCAGAUGACUUUCGACAUUUAUGACCAACUAAACAUUCAAUUUGCUACAUAUUUUCUAUAUUCGACUUUCUCAGCUACGGAAGGUUCAAGUAGCGCCGUCUGUUCAUGUGCAUUCGACUACAAAAAGUGUUUACUGAUACCUCUGUUAUUCACAAAUGCAUCCUAUUUCGGUGCCUUUCCACUGACUUACUUAUUUCAAGUGAUCACAGUAGGUUGUGUCCCUCUGACUGGAUUUUUUAAAUCGCAGAUCGGUUGGUGGUACAAUAGUACUUAUCUGAAAGAUAUUCAAGAAACCUAUUCACUCGCCAUUCAAUCGCAAAGACCGCCAAACAUCAAAUCUCUCAAUGCAUCAAUUCCCAGUCGCUUCGGUGAUGUCAAAACGGAAGAUUUAUUGCUUGAACUGUUCUCCGAAGCAGCAGUCAGUAACAAUUCACACUUCGACCAAUUUUAUUAUGAAUGUGCACCUAAAUCUUGUUCAUAUACCAGUGUACAACGCCGUAAUGCGCUAGCAUCAUUGCUUCUUCUUAUCGCCAUAUGUGGCGGUUUGAACGCAAUCCUACGAAUAGCUGUGCUGUUAUCCGGUAAACUUUUGUUCUACUGUAUUGAUUGGUGGAAAGAACGUCGUCAACGACGUGCAAACUCAGGGCGACAUUAUUUGACAUAUUUCUUAACAAAUAUUUAUCACUCAGUGAAAAGAAUGAAUUUAUUCAAAUCAGAAAUAACCGAUGAUGUAACUAUUCGCCGACAGCAAAUGUACACUCGAAUAUAUCUAGUUCUUUACAUAACUACUAUCAGUGUCAUUCUAUUUUACACAGCUGUUGUUGAACGUAGUACAAGCAAAACAUAUGAUGUCUCUUCAAUUGGAGAUUACAGCGAACUAGUGAAAAAUCUUCGAACAAACGAUCUUAGAUGUCCUUGUACACGCAUAUCGAUUUCGUAUGGUGAAUUCAUCAAUGAACUACGAGUUAAUACAUUCCAUGAAGCAUGUACAACAGAUGUUGUUAGGAGUGUUUUCUAUUUUGGGAUGACGGAUAGUGGACAAUCCCUAACAAGUAGCAGAAACUUUUUUGGUUUACGCAAAUUCUAUUCAGACUCAUUGGAUUUACUUUGUUCCUUAGCGCAAAAAAGUGUUGAGAAUAGUAUUCAUGUUUUUCUGACUUCAACUAUGUUAACAAACCAACUGCAGCCGUUAACAGAAUUCACUGGUGAAAUAAACAGUACCAUAACUCAAUUUCAAAAGAGAAUAUCAAUUACUUUUGCCCAAACAUUAGAUCUGAUUCGUAUGAGUGCACAAGGAAAUGCUUUGUCGUCAAUGUUCUUAUUAAAUUGGAACGUAAAGAGCAUUGGAAAUAGUAGGGUGAACAAUGUUUCAUUUGUAUAUGCGCCUAUUUUUGUUGAUGAUGAAAAUCAAAAUACAAGUUGCUCUUGUGCUACUGUGUCAACGUGCACAGCGCCAGUGAAGUAUUAUCUUGAUGGAGAAUUAUUUAUCAUUCCAGGUCUCAAAUUAGGUUGUCACAUUUUGGAAACAGUUUUACUUUCAUCAUUCUCAUGUUUCUAUUCUUCCAUUUGUAUUAAAAAGUUUCUACGUAUAUCUUUCAAUCUCCCUGACAUACCUAUUGGCAAUGAUUUUCGUUUACAUGAGUCAUUGACACGAUUUAAUGUAAAUGAUACACUUGAGCGAAUAACUUAUGAAAUGUUUAUUGAAUCAUGGAAAAGUAAUGUGUCAUAUGAAGACUAUUUCAAAAGUUGUUCACCAAAUUACUGUAUUCAUACACAAUACUAUCGAUUUGAUGAAAUGGAAAUCUUAACCACGUUCUUAAGUAUAUUUACCGGUACUUCAACUGGAAUUCGAUUGUUUGUUCCAUACAUGGUACGAGUGUUUCAAAGCAUUCGACAUCGUCUUUGUCGCACACGCUGA